CGCCGAGGUCUUUGGGGGCGCGGGGCCGUCCCGGGUCGCCGUCGCCCUCGGGGUGGGACAGCCACUGGCCGUGCCGCCGCCGCCGCCGCCGCGGGGCGAUCUCCAAGCGGGGAUCUCCAAGCGCUGCUCAGCUCGGCCGCUGGCCAGGAGGGGAGGGUCCGGCCUUGCCCCGCAGGCGUCCAUUGGCGGCUUUCCCCAGCCUCCGCUCCAUGCCUCGGGCGGUGUGAGCCUCCGCGGGCUACGGAGCCCGCAGGUGCCUGCGGGCGCGCCAGGCCCGGUUGGGGAGGGGGCGUUGCGCUCGCCAUGCUGCGAGGGCCCCAGGCCCUGGCUCCAGCCGCCGGGCCGCCCUCGAAGGGACUGCACGCGAUGAGCCCUACCGAGCUGUGGCCGCCCGGCCUCAGCAGCCCCCAGCUCUGCCCGGCCACCACCACCUACUACACCUCGCUGUACCCGCAGACUGUGCCUCCCACUGCGGCGCCCGGCACCUGCCUCGACGCCACCCCCCACGGACCGGAGGGCCAAGCUGUGCGAUGCGUGCCCGCUGGCCGGCUGCCGGCCAAAAGGAAGCUGGACCUGGAGGGGAUCGGGAGACCAGCGGUCCCUGAGUUCCGGACUCCCAAGGGGAAGUGCCUUAGAGUGGACGGUCUCCCCAGCCCCAGAACCCCCAAGUCCCCUGGAGAGAAGACUCGUUAUGAUACGUCGCUGGGGCUGCUCACCAAGAAGUUCAUUUACCUCCUGAGCGAAUCCAAGGAUGGGGUCCUGGACCUGAACUGGGCUGCCGAGGUGCUGGACGUGCAGAAACGGCGCAUCUAUGACAUCACCAACGUGCUGGAGGGCAUCCAGCUCAUCCGUAAGAAGGCCAAGAACAACAUCCAGUGGGUAGGCAGGGGAAUGUUUGAAGACCCCACCCGGCCCGGGAAGCAGCAGCAGCUGGGGCAGGAGCUGAAGGAGCUGAUGAGCGCGGAGCAGGCCUUGGACCAGCUCAUCCAGAGCUGCUCUCUGAGCUUCAAGCACCUGACGGAGGACAAGGCCAACAAGAGACUGGCCUACGUGACUUACCAGGACAUCCGUGCUGUUGGCAACUUUAAGGAGCAGACGGUGAUCGCUGUCAAGGCCCCUCCGCAGACAAGACUCGAGGUGCCCGACAGGAGCGAGGAGAACCUGCAGAUAUACCUGAAGAGCACCCAGGGGCCCAUCGAAGUCUACCUGUGCCCAGAGGAGGUGCAGGAGCCCGACAGUCCUGCCAAGGAGCCCCUCCCGCCAACCUCCACCCUUGGCCCCAGCCCUGACUCCGCCCAGCCUGGCAGCAGCACGGACCCUGGGAUGACAGAACCCGUGGCAUCCCCAGCUCCAACACCAGCGCUGACUCCCCAGCAAGUCCCGCAGCCGCCUGCGCCCCCGCCCCUGCCGCUUGUCCCCCUGGAGGCCACCGACAGCCUGCUGGAGCUGCCACACCCACUUCUGCAGCAGACUGAGGACCAGUUCCUGUCCCCGAGCCUGCCGUGCAGCUCUCCCCUGAUCAGCUUCUCCCCGCCCUUGGACCAGGACGACUACCUGUGGGGCCUGGACGGGGGUGAGGGUAUCAGUGACCUCUUCGACUCCUACGACCUUGGGGACCUGCUGAUUAACUGAGUGGCCUUGCCUGUCCCAGCAACCUGCCCUUGGCUCUACCUCCGCACAGACGGACAGGCCCUCUGCCCGCGCAGGGACGUGGGACACAAGGUGCUGCCCUAGGGAUGCGGGGGACCUCUUCUCUUUCUCACCCCCCACCCCAGCCAGCUCAAGCUAUCUCGGAGAGGGGGUUUGGGUGAGGAGUGUAUUAGGGGUUGGGUCCUUUCUUUCCUCAUGGAAGCUGGGCCCAGGAAGGCCCAUCUGGCUUCUGACCUCUGACCUCUCACAUGAAGGGCCACAGGUGAGGCAACCAGGUCCAGGGAAAGGCCCUCCCCUCGCCUUUUGCAGAGGGUGAAUUAGGACCCUGAACUUAUCAAGAAGCACUUAAUGCCUUUGUAUUUAUUUCAGGUUGAAUUUUGUUUGUUUGUCUUCCUUGAGUUUUUAGCAGGGAGAUUGUUCUAGUUUCUAGUAAGACUUCUCAGACAGGCCCAGUGCUGUCCACGGUCCGAGGGCAGCCCAGGGCUUCCUGGGCCCCAGGCCAGUCCCCGAUUUCCCCGUAGCUGUAGGCCGGGUCUCUGGGGGCUGUCCAGUCUGCUAGAACGCUACUUGCACUUCGGCCUCGUAAUUCUAGUAAGUGGUGGCCACAGGCCCUUUGGUUCCUCCUGCCCAUGCUCUCCCGCUGAGGCACCAGCCUUGGGUUCCUGGCCUCCUCUGAACCAGGGAUGGUUGCAGGGAGCCCUCCCGGGGAGGCGGCAUCAAGGCACCAGGUGUGGAGACCCACUUCUGUGGAAUUCCCUACCUCUCCAUCCCCUUAGAACAGGAAAAACCACCUUCUAGGGAGUCAGCACUGAAAGGCCCCCCUCCCCAGGGAAACACGGACAGGAAUGUGGAAGCAGCUAGAGGGCUGCUGAGGCCCUUUCCUCCAUUUGUGCCUCUGCUUGGGACAGAGGCUGUCUUACCCUGAGUACCUGGGAGGGAGUGGCAGCCCCGUAUAGAGAAAGGUGGGGUUAAAGCAAGAAACUGCCAGAAAGCAGCCCCUUUGGAAGCUGCUGUUAUCAUCCUCCCCUUCCCUGGAAGGAUUUGUUUACUGAAGGGAGUAAUUCUUUAAGGAUCUCCUCUUCUCUGCAGCUCUCACACAGACCCCCCUGCACCCCAGGACAGAGGUGGCCAGGGCUUGGUGGCAUUUUAGCUCGUUUUGUCACGGGAAUGCCGAAGGGCUGGCAGGAGUCUUCAUUGCAGACCAGACCUUCGCCCUGAUGGGGAGACGGGUUUAUGUUACCUCUUCAGGCUUAGGGUCCUGAGAAGGAUUCUUGCCCUGGCCUGCCCCCCGCCCCCAGAGGCUUGACCGUCCCACAGUGUCUCUGCAGCCCACUUGGGUGUGAGGGAUGAGGUCAGCUCUCUUCCCCACCCAACAUGGGGCGGGGCUGCUCUGGGCUGAACCAAGGCUGUGCCCUCUGGAGAGAGGCAGCCAGGGAUGGUGGUCUUAGAGGCCUACCACCUACCCUCAGGGAGCUAGGUUUCCUCAGGGGCUUGGCUGGG